AUGUCCAUGCAUAUGGGUGGUGGUGGUGGGGGGGGAGGAAGUGGUGGAAGUGGGGGGAAGGGGGGGAGUGCAGGUGCGCGUCAGGCAGGGAACAAGAGAGGGAGUCAGAAGGAAGAGGAGGAGGAGGAGGAGGAGGAGGAGGAUGAUUCUGAUGAUGAUGAUGAUGAUGAUGAUGAUGAUGAUGAUGAUGAUGACGACGACGAUUCAGAUGAUGAUUCGGAUGAUGAGGAUGAGGAGGAGAGUGAGGAGGAGGAUGAGAAGGAGGGAGGGAGAAGGAAUGGGGCCAAAGUAGGGGCUCAGGCUUCGAGAGCGAGAGAGGGAGCAGCAGGAGCAGCAGGAGGAGGACGAGGGGGGGGCAACCUGCAGGGGUGACUACUGGGGGAAGCACAGCAAAGGCUGGAAUGGGAGAGAGACAAGGGGGAAGCAGAACCGUGAAUGCCACCGGUAACCCUACGAGUGGUAACCCUAUGGUUGGUAACACCAAGAGCAGUGAUCCCAGGAUUGCUAGGAAUGUCGGUGCUUCUGGUGGGCGUGGCGGGGGUCCAGCCUUGGAGGGAGGUUCGGGGCGAGGCUCGGCCCAAGCCCGGGGCCCAACUGCAGCUGGUGCGGCUGACCAGCGGCGGAGCUUUGGUUCGGGCCAAAGCAACGGAGGUUCGGGAGGAGUGGGAGGGGAUGGGGAGAAGGGGAGAGGAGAGAAAAAGAGGGCUAUGGAUGGGGAAGGAGGUAGGAGUGAGAAGGGGAGUGUGGCAGAGAGGAGGGAUCCAAGAAUGCGAAGGGGAUAGAGGAAGGAGGGAUUGGAGGGAGGAGGGAUCCAAGGAUUGGAGGGAUUAAGCUGCUAUAGCAGACGUGUCUGUCUGCCUCCUUGCAGUAUGUGGCCUAGACCUCACCAAGUGCGUGUGUGAACUGGUGCUACUAUACUUCGUAGGUGACUUCCCGUAGAUGAAUCAUGAUAUGGACAGUAGGUCAGAAGGAGGUGUUCCUUGAUACAUAAUUUAGGGCUACUUGGAAGUCUGACAGCCUACUAGUACUAACCCUGUGUUCUCAGCUACCCUGAGUUGUAGCUUGCUGUAUCACUGUUUAGCGUUCUGGUACGUGAACUCUAUCCAAUUCUUUGU